AUGGAGGAGACAUCAAAAUAUCCUACCUUUAUUCGCGUAGCUAGAAUGCAAUUCUGCCACAACUCUGAAUAUGAGCACGGAUCCGACCUACACUUAAAUAUCGAAUUCGAUGACAUCGAACUGGAAAAGAGCUCCGCAAUCGCUAUAUCGUAUACCUGGGGUGAGUUCGACCGAGAAGACGAGGUCAUCGGCCAUGAUACCGAAGGGACCCCUCUCUUACUCAAUCUCGGCAAGGAGUGGGAUGUGCAAGAGAUGACAGCUUGUCUAGCGCGGCUGUGUAUUGACAAUGGCGAAGAGCGUGGAAGUCGUCACGCUGGGUGUUGGAUUGACCAACUGUGCAUUCGGCACACGGACGAGGGAUUUCGAACUGCACUUGCGAACAUCCCAUCCAUCUACAGGAAACUGGACGUCGUGGCGUUGAUGCGGUAUCUACUUGCUCAUGCUUUCGACGUCGGGUCUUGGAGGUGCUGGAAUCCGACGGGAGCCAGGCAUCUUCCGUGUCUGCUUCUAAUGAUCGUCUAUUCGGCAUUCAUGACUGUGUGA